AUGGAAACGGAGGAAGAUGGAAAACCGGUCGACGAAUCGAAAUCAGAAGAGAAGGAAGCGGGUCUCCAGAUCCUGAAGUAUCUCGUCAAGGUCGACAAAUUACGGAUCGAAGAGCAAGCAGACGCCAACAAGGUCCUGAGCUUUAGCGAGUCAAAGAGAAGGUACAAGGUGAAGGACAGCUUGGGACAGACUGUCUAUGACGCGGUCGAGGAUUUGAGAUGCAACGUGAGUUCCAGCGGUGGAGACCGUCAAGGCUUUGGCACUAGGAUACUCGACGCUCAGAGCACCGAGGUGAUGCGCAUCUUUCGACACCUCGUUUCGGAUGCCGAUAGCCAUCAGAGAUUGGAAGUGUUUGCUCCGCCGGAACAGCUGAUCGGGAUUGUGGAACAUGAGCAGAACCUCGUGACCCCGAAGUUCCUAAUAAUGAAUUCGAAGGGCAAGACAGUGGCACGCAUUAAGGUUCCCAUGUCUACUACAAAUCUCUUCGGGAGCGUGAAAUUCCAGGUGAAGAGCGAUAGCGGGAGGACGGUCGGGGCGAUCAAAAAACAAUGGUCAGGUCUCUGGAAGGAGGUCCUCACAGAUGCGGAUCACUAUGGCCUCACUUUCUCCCCAAAACUGAGUGUUAAAGACUUCGUGUAUUUCAGUAACCGGGCCAACUAA